ACUCAUGCUCUGAGGCUCAGCGUGUGCCUUUCUCUCCGUCACUGUGAGAUGUUCAGUGUUUUAUGAUUCUGGCUCAGUAGGAUUGUUGUGUUUGUGCUCAAACUCAUAAAAGCAGGUGCAAUGCAGCUACAUGUGAGCUGGCUGGUGUUGCUGCUCGGGCUGCAGUGUGUUUGGGCUCAGCAGGACAAUUAUGAAGAAGACUAUGAUGAAGAAGAAGAGGAAGAGAGGAACACCAGAAGAAAAUCCAAGAGCAAACUGCUCACAUCCAACCUUAAACCAAAAAACAACGCUCAGUCGCUCACGAAUGAAGACUGCAACCUUGAGCUGGCAUUUUUGCUGGACAGCUCUGAAAGUGCCAAAGACAACCACGGCCAGGAGAAGCGCUUUGUCAGUGAAGUGGUCGAGCGCAUGCAGAACCUACACCUCCAGAGUGGACGCAAGCUGAGUUUUCGAUCUGCACUCCUUCAGUACAGCAGUCACGUGAUAUCCGAGCAGACCUUCAGCCAGUGGAGGGGUGUGGCCAACUUCAAAGCCAACAUCGCACCUAUUCCUUACAUCGGGCAAGGGACAUACGUGACGUACGCCAUCACCAACCUCACACGCCUCUAUCUGACCGAAUCAGGACCUGGAAGUGUCCGAGUGGCUGUGUUGCUCUACGAUGGAGAGUCCCAUCCAAAAAAUCCAGACUUAUUUUCUGCUGUGGCUGAUGCCAAGAACCAAGGGGUUCGUUUUUUUGCUAUUGGUGUCACACCUGCUGCCAGAGACACAUCCAAAAUGACACAGCUGAGGAUGCUGGCCAGUUCUCCACCAACCCGCUACUUACACAACCUGCAGGAUAAAGACAUCGUAAAGAGGGUCAUUAAAGAGCUGACAGAGUUGGCAGAUGAGGCGUGUCCUAUGGAGAAAAGGUGUGUGUGUGAGAAAGGAGAGAGCGGACCAAGUGGGCCAGCUGGGAAAAAAGGUCGACCAGGAGAUGAUGGAAGUCCAGGGCCGAAAGGGCAGAAGGGUGAGAGAGGACAUCAAGGGUUGCCAGGGCAAAACGGCUCUGAGGGCAAACCGGGACGUACAGGAGAAAAGGGAGACAGAGGUGAAUGCGGGAUGCCUGGCAUCAAAGGAGACAGAGGUCCUGAAGGUCCAGUGGGCAUCAGAGGAAACAGAGGACUGCAGGGUUUGCCUGGACCUAACGGUGACACUGGACCCCAGGGACCACCUGGACAGAAAGGAGAGAGGGGCUUUCCUGGACUACCGGGACUUCAGGGUGAAACUGGAAUAGGUAUUGCUGGACCAAAGGGUGAGAUGGGACUUCAGGGCAGACCUGGACCUCCUGGACCUCCAGGACUUGGAGAACCUGGCCCACCAGGGCCUCAGGGGCCACAGGGAGUGCAGGGAGAGAAAGGGCCUCCAGGAGAGGGAUUACCUGGGCCAAAGGGAGAGCGAGGAACAGAGGGCCCGAGGGGACCGAGAGGACCAGCUGGACCUGGAAUUAAAGGACACAAGGGUGACUAUGGACCUCCUGGGCCACCUGGACCGAUUGGGUUUCCUGGAAUAGGUAUACAGGGAGAAAAGGGAACUGAGGGACCACGUGGUGCCCCAGGAUUCAGAGGCCCACCAGGAGAAGGUUAUCCAGGACCGAAGGGUGAUCAAGGAUUACCAGGAGAAGUCGGAGCACCAGGAGUGAGUGGAGUGGGAGAACUAGGACCAAAGGGUGAACCAGGAGCGCCGGGAUUAUCAGGUUUACCCGGGUUACCUGGAGAGGAUGGCGCUCAUGGACAAAAGGGAGAGCCUGGUGUUCCUGGUACGAGAGGGCCGGAGGGAGCAGCAGGUGUUGGAACACAAGGAGAAAAGGGAGAUCAGGGCCAGAGAGGAAUCCGUGGAUUAGCAGGACCUCCAGGAAUCACCGGACCAUCAGGAGCAAAAGGUGAACCAGGAACACCAGGACGUCUCGGCUUACCAGGACUUCCAGGACGUGCAGUCGUUGGAACAAAGGGUGAUGUAGGUCCACCAGGUCCUCCAGGACCACUGGGGGAGACAGGAUAUGGACUUCCAGGACCAAAGGGUGAUCGUGGAGAUGCAGGUCCUCCUGGACCAUUUGGGCCAAAAGGAGAUGGCUACCCUGGCCUACCGGGUCCACCUGGACUUCCUGGGCUUCCUGGAGAGCCUGGUCCAGAAGGUUUGGGUCUCCCAGGACCAAAGGGUGAUAUUGGGUUUAGAGGUUUGCCAGGGCAACCAGGACCACCAGGAGAGGGGCUGCAAGGACUACCAGGCAACACAGGAAGGCCGGGACUUCCUGGUCCACCAGGACCCCCAGGGCAGGGGAUGCAGGGGCCAAAGGGUGAGUUUGGAGCUCAGGGCUUGGUUGGGCCAAGGGGACAACCUGGAGAGGGUUUCCCAGGGUCAAAGGGUGAUCGUGGUGCUCCAGGGGAUAGGGGCCAGAAAGGAGUUAAAGGUGACGCUGGGGAUCCAGGACCAUCAGGCCAACCAGGUCAACAGGGAGCGAAAGGAGAGCUGGGUCUGACGAGAGAAGACGUUAUAAGAAUAAUACGGGAAAUAUGCGGAUGCGGGAUUAAAUGUAAGGAGCGUCCAAUGGAGCUGGUGUUUGUGAUUGACAGCUCGGAGAGUGUUGGUCCUGAGAACUUUGAGAUCGUGAAGGACUUUGUGACAGCGCUGGUAGAACGAGUGACAGUAGGAAACAGUGCCACACGAGUCGGCCUUGUGCUCUACAGCCUGGAGGCUCGAUUGGAGUUUGACCUCGCCAGAUACGCCACGAAGCGUGACGUUAAACAUGCCGUGCGCAGGAUGACCUACAUGGGCGAGGGCACUUACACGGGCACAGCCAUCCGCAAAGCCACACGUGAGGCCUUCCGCAGCGCCCGUUCCGGAGUCAGUAAGGUUAUUGUGGUCAUCACAGAUGGACAAACAGAUGAGCGUGACUCUGUUAAGCUGGAAAUCGCAGUGCGGGAGGCGCACGCUGCUAACAUUGAGAUGUUUGCUCUUGGCAUCGUGAAUGCCAGUGAUCCAGCACAGGCUGAGUUUCUCCGGGAGCUUGAUCUCAUCGCAUCAGACCCUGAUAGUGAGCACGUCUUUCAAAUUGAUGACUUUAACACCCUACCAGCUCUGGAAUCCAAAUUGGUCAGUCAGUUUUGCGAGGAUGAGAAUGGCGACAUCGUCAACCGCAUUAAUGGCAAUGGAUACAGUGACCAUGUCAACCGCAUCAGUGGUUCCCUGUAUGAGUUUGAUAACAAUGGAAACCGCAUCAACAAUGGUGGAUAUUAUCACAGAAACAAUGUAAACCCAACACAUACCAGGACACACUCUGGUACUUUUACGCACACCAGUACUCACAGUGGGACACAUACCAGUACUCACAGUGGGACACACACUGGUACUCACACUGGAACACACACUGUCUCAGUCAGUCAUGGAGGUGGAAGAGGUGACAGUCUUCCAGUACUUGUCACUCCAGCGGUACCACACACAACAGGCAUUCAUACACACAACAGCUCAGAGCACAGCAACAGGGGAGAUGUUCCAUCAUAUAACAGACCAUCUACACAUGGCAGACCUUCAUCAUCAUCAUCAUCAUCAUCAUCAACUGUAAUCACGUCAUCCACUUCGGUGCAUUAUGUCCCCGCUCCACGACCUCCUUUACCUAAAGAAAUUGUGCCCCUGGACCCUCGCUGCGAGCUGGUCCUGGAUCAGGGUUCAUGUCGUGAUUACAGCAUCCGCUGGUACUAUGAUCACAACGCUAAUGCAUGCGCACAGUUCUGGUAUGGAGGUUGUCAUGGCAACCGCAAUCGCUUUGAUACUGAGGACGAAUGCAAGAAGACUUGUGUAGUCCCACAAACAGGAGGAUGAGGACUUUUGAGGAUGCUGAUGAUAUGACAUUGACUGUUAUUGACUGCUAUGAUACAGUGGUGCUUGAAAGUUUGUGAACCCUUUAGAAUUUUCUAUA